GCUCGCGGAGCACGGGAAGCAAACGGCACAGGGGCCGCUUCCUGGAUAUGCUUGCGAAACAUGUCAAAUGAGAUGGUCGCAACCAGUUCGCUCAAAUUAGCAGUCUCCAAGCUGCGUAGCUUCAGUGGUACCGAAUUCGCUUGCUGUCCACUGGAUUCAAGUGACGUACGCCUUGACAUUGUUUUGUUGUUUACAGCUCGAGGUGCUCUUCAGUCUAUGGGCUCUCAGUCCAGUUCUGGGAUGUCUGGUGGAAGGGGAUCUACCAGUGGCAACCCAGUUGAUCAGUCCGAAUCAGAAGAGCAAAACCAGAGCAGCAGCAGCAGGCAGCAAGGAGACACGGUGUCAGCUUCAGAGGAGGACGUUGACUUAGCUGAAGUGCUGGCUUACCUACUGAGGAGGGGCCAGGUCAGACUGGUCCAUGGCAGCGGAGCCACGGGGCUACAGCUGGUCCAGUCAUACUCAGACUCCGAUGAGGACAGCGAUGGGGCGUGGGAGGGUCGGCUGGGCAGCUGCUACAAUCCGCCCGUGGACACCCAGCCUGACACGCAUGUGGUGGACCGCAGUGAGAUCCGUACUCAGAUCCUGCUGGCUACUGCUUCGUCUGAUCUGAGAGGCAAAACAAGUUUCACGCACAUGCUGACAGAGAGGGCGCAAGGAAGAUGUCGAGGCUCCAGCUUUUCCCACGGAGAGUGCAGCCGCAUCCGCUCGCAUUUCCUGCCAAACUCGGUCUCUCAGAAGGCUACAUACCACCACAAGGCCUUCUGUGGCGUCUACAGUGAGGAUGGCAACAUGUUUCUCUCUGCCUGCCAGGAUCAGAACAUCCGCUUGUACGACACGAGCAGAGGACGCUUUUUACUACGACAAACGGUCAAGGCUCGGGAUGUCGGCUGGAGCGUUCUGGACGUCUGCUUCACGCCGGACGCGCGACACGUGCUUUACUCCAGCUGGUCGGACUACAUUCAUCUGUGCGGUAUCGACGGGGACAGCGAAAAUCACACGGCCUUGGACCUCAAUCCCGAUGAGAGGAGGUUCUGUGUGUUCUCACUGGCUGCGUCCACUGAUGGCAAAGAGAUCCUGGGAGGAGCAAAUGACGGCUGUCUUUAUGUCUUUGACCUCGAGCAGAAUAAAAGAACACUGAAGAUUGAUGCCCAUGAGGAUGACGUGAAUGCGGUGGCGUUCGCCGACAGCUCGUCCCAGCUGCUCUUCUCCGGCAGCGACGACGCACUCUGCAAAGUGUGGGACAGGAGGACGCUGCGGGAGGAUCGGCCGCAGCCCGUGGGACAGCUGGCGGGACACCGGGACGGCAUCACCUUCAUCCACAGCAAGGGCGAUGCGCGCUAUCUGAUCAGCAACUCGAAGGACCAGUCCAUCAAGCUCUGGGACGUGAGGAAGUUCUCGCCCAAGGAGGGCUUGGCGGCCUCGCGCCUGGCCGUCACCCAGCAGAAUUGGGAUUACCGCUGGCAGCGUGUUCCCCAAAGAGCCCUGAGGCGACACAAGCUGGCCGGCGACACUUCGGUGAUGACGUACCGAGGCCACGGCGUCCUGCACACACUCAUCCGGUGCCGUUUCUCACCCGAGUUCAGCACGGGACAGAGAUUCAUUUACUCCGGGUGCUCCACCGGCAAGAUUGUCAUCUACGACGUGCUGACGGGCGCUGUGGUUUCUAAGUUGUUGGGUCACGGUGCCUGCGUGAGGGACGUCACUUGGCACCCGUACGAAGACAUCAUCAUCAGUAGCUCUUGGGACUGUGCUGUGCAAAUGUGGGAGCAUCGGCAAACGCACCCUCUGGACGAGGAGCGGGAGAGAGAAUGACAGCCGGGAGCCGGCGGAAGAGGGAGGACACAACAAAUCCUUGGCGUUGCAGAAGGAGCCCCCAAGCCCGCGGCAUACCGCCCCACCGCACCCCCACCCCCAAUGGCUGUCACGAUCACAAUUGUAGAGGGAGAUGCUCGGGCACCAUCGAGAGACAGAAACCUCGACGCUUGCUUUUGUCACAAGCCCAACCUUUUCCCUUCUGGCCUCUGACUCUUCGGUGCCAAGCCGAGCCUUGAAUCGACUUCACGAUUGAGCUUCUCCGCUUGCAAGUGAAACCAUAUUUGAACACGGUGAGGAGAAAAUGACAGGCAAUUCCGUAUCAGUUGUACAGUAUUCUAUCGCCGCAGACGCUCAGUCGCAAGUGUGUGGAAAAUCCGUCUGUUUUUGGAGGGGCCAGAUUCUGCCCAAAAGAGAAAAGUUUCCGAUUCAAAGCUUUCGUGCGCCUGUGAGUGCACAAUGCCUGCAUUAGAUGUGCGCUUGAAUUCUGUCCUUAAAUCAUCGCGGACAAAUCUCCUUGUGGAUCCCCGGUCAGAAACCAGCUGUUGACAAAUGAAUUAUUUUUAAAAAUACACUUUGGUAAACAUGAAUAAAAUGGGUGUUCAUAA